UCCCCCGGGAGGGCGUCGGGCCAGUCAGUUUGUGCGCGGUUGGGCCCGAAGUUGGGUGUUGGAAGUGGAGGUCCUGGCUCCCGGGAAGAACCCCAGGCCUGGGGUCAGCCUCUGAGCGAAGCCUGAGAGCUGGGGCAGCGGGCGGAGCGGACCCAGAGGACACACAGGGAGCAGCUGGACGUGAUGGAUGCGCAGGACCUGCUGACCUUCGCCGACGUGGCUGUGAGCUUCACUGGGGAGGAGUGGCGUCUCCUGGCCCCCGCCCAGAAGGCCCUGUACCGGGAGGUGAUGCAGGAGACCUACAGCCACCUGGUGUCCCUGGGUUACCAAGAAUGCCAGCCUGACAUGCUCUCCAGGGUGGAAGGAGGUCUGCGGCCAUCAACACUGGAAGUGGAAAUGCACAGUUUCACCUGCUCAGAAAUCUCACAAUUGGAAGAUUAUCUGCCACAACCAUCACAUCCUGGGAACGUGGAGAACAGAGCAGAACCAGACCAUGGACACAAUACAUAUGCAGAUGCUCUUCAGCAAAGCAGCAAUAGUUACUUGAGGAAAAGCCAUGGUAGGUUUGAUGUGUAUACAGAAAGCAUGAAAGUAAACUUAACUGUGCAGAGCAGGAGCUAUGCAAUACAGAAGGCCGCUAAUAGCUGUGGAGGUGGGAAGCCCUUUGUUCAUGCCCACCACAGAGACAGGAAGCCUGCAGUUUCCUAUCGGGAAAGUCAAAACGGCAACUGUAGGAAUUCACGACUCAUCAAACAUCGGAAAACUCAGAAAAUAAAAAAGCCUCAUGUAUGCACAGAAUGUGGAAAAGCCUUCAGAAGGAAAUGUCUACUCAGCGACCACUACAAUCUUCACACGGGAGAGAAGCCUCAUGAGUGUGAUGUGUGUGGGAAAGCCUUUCGCAGGAAGGCCAUGCUGUCGGACCACCAGAAAACACACACUAGGGAAAAAACCUAUGACUGUACUGACUGUGGCAAAAUAUUUCUCCACACAGCCGCGCUCAAUAUCCAUCAAAAGACACAUACAGGAGAGAAGCCAUAUAAAUGCAGUGACUGUGGGAAAAGAUUCAACCAGAAGGGCAAUCUUGUUGUACAUCAACGGAUUCACACAGGAGAGAAACCUUAUAUAUGCAGUGAAUGUGGGGAAGGUUUUAUCCAGAAGGCACGCCUCAUAGCCCAUGAGAGGUAUCACACAGGAAGGACUCCAUUUGUGUGCAGUGUUUGUGGAAAAUACUUUUCUCAGAAGACAGGUCUCAUUAACCAUGAAAGACUUCACACAGGAGAGAAGCCCUAUGAAUGUGCGGAGUGUGGGAAAGCCUUCACUACACGGCAGAAACUCAUAGUCCACCAGCGAAGCCCUACGGGACAGACUCCCUGUGUCUGCAGUGAGUGUGGCAAAGCUUUUGCCUACACAGCUUGUGUGGUGAAUCACAGACGAAUACAUCGAGAUAAAUAUGUGCGUUCACUCAAGGUGGAAGAUCUCUCUGUUCAGAGCCCAGAAUCCUUUUCUCAGCAGACAGAUCUCAUUAACCAUGAAAGACUUCACACAGGAGAGAAGCCCUAUGAAUGCAAGGAGUGUGGGAAAGCCUUCACUACACGGCAGAGUGUCACUGUCCAUCAAAGGGUUCACACAGGAGAGAGACCCUAUGCCUGUAGCGAGUGCGGCAAGUCAUACACUACAAAGUAUACACUAAAUGUUCAUCGGAGUUCUCAUACAGGAGAGAGACCUUACACGUGCAGUGAGUGUGGGAAAGCCUUCACUACCAAGUACCAGCUCAUUGUGCACCAGCGGAGCCCCACAGGAGAGACUCCCUGUGUCUGCAGUGAGUGUGGCAAAGCCUUUGCCUACGCGGCUUGUGUGGCGCAUCACAGGCGAAUACACCGAGAGGCAUAUGUACACUUGAUCAGGGGGGACAAAACCCUCACUGAGAGGCACCCCACAUCCCAGACCAGUGCUGUACAGCGGGAAAGACACCCUGCCAAGCCAGUGCCGUCUGUGGCCCCUGAGCCAUCCUUAGACAUCCCUGGGCAACCGGCAGAUGCCAGUGCGGGCCCGGUGGGCCAGCCUGUAAGCGGCUCCUCGGGAGACGACGGCACGUGUGCCUUGGGUGGACACCUCCCGGAUGCAGUGAGUGUGGUGGUGCCUCCAGGGAUCGACUAUGUCUUAGUGUAUGUCCCCGAAAACCAGUAGGGCAAAACUCAGGCCUUUGUGGGCAGGGGUGGCCAGAGUUGCUGGGGCUCAGUAUGUGAA